UGAUAGGUUUCAUGAUUUUUUUUGAUAAAUUUAAUUUAAUCGAAUUUUAAUAUGAAUAUCGAAAUACGAGAGCUGACAUUGUAAAAAUCAGAAGCGUAGCUCCUCACAGAACCCGAAGCCACAUACAUUCUCAUUGGAUCCAUGUGUUCCUCGAUUAAAACCCAAAUCGCACUCCACCUGUUCGACAAAAAGCGUCAACCAAAACUCAAACCAUCAUAUUCUCUCCCCCUUUCUUCAUCAUUAGCCAUGUCUUCUUGUCUCCAUUUCCUUCUAGUUUGUCCUUCUUCGCCGGCCUUUAAAACCCCUUUGUCUCUUUUUCCCUUUUUCUACUUCCAUUUGUAUGAUAUAUAGUGGUAUAUAGUGAGUAUACUUGUACAUGUAGUGCCGGGUAAUGUAAAUGUAAAAAAAGAUAGUACUAGUCAAAAACCCAAAUGAAUAUUGUAAUGGGUUUUUGCUGAAAGGAAGAAUCUUUGGUGGAGAUUAUGCUUAAUUGUUUAAGCCGGUUUUUUGUGGGUUCUCUUUACACAUAUGCCACAAGUAUAUAAUAUAUACUGUAUAUAAAAGUAACGUAUUGUAUAUUAUGGACCAUACCUGUUGCUUUGCUGUGCUGUUUCAUUAGUUGGGGGUUGUUGUGACCAGUGAUUUUUGUUUUCUUUUAGAUACACAAGAAGAGAAAAUGGUGAGGGGCAAGAAGGUUUUUUUUUUUUUUUUUGGUUUUCCAUCUAGUGUCCGAUAGUCUAUUGGGGCCUGACUACAUCGGACGGCAAGUUCCAUACCUGUUGCUGUGCUGUUUCCUUUGUUGGGGUUGUUGUUGUGAGCAGUGAAUUCAGUUUUCCUUAGAAACACAAGAAGAGAAAAGGGUGGGUUUGGGGUGAGGGGGUAAAAAGCCUUUUUUUUUUUUGGGUUUUCCGUCCUGUGUCCAGUACCCGCAUUGGGGUCUGACUAAAAAGUCUUAUAUUUGAGGUGAGCGUUCGCUAACAAAGACACUCGGUAUCUAGGAGGACUCGAACCCGAGACCUCCCUUAUUGGUAUCCCUUAUUGGUAGGGGGUUAAGAAGCUUAGCUGUAAGAGAAGGGAGGGGGACCAAUGAUUAUGAUUUUCUUUUUGGUGUCUAAUUAAUUGAGUGGAUUCUUAUGACCCCUUAAGCUUUGACUCAUUUUGGACUUCAUUUAUGUGGCUCCCAUGUUUGGUGAUUUUGCUUUUUUCCUUUGAUGGGGGUUUGUUUAACUUGGUAAUUAAUUGCCAGCAUCAUAUAGGUUCAGAUGCUUUCAAUUGAAUUCAGUAGAAUUUGUGUCGGAGGAAAAAGGUGUGUAAGUUGUGUUGGAGAAAAUACAAAUUGAGUGUAGGGGUGAGAAACAAAGUUGUUGUGUUCUGGAGUUUGGAUCAUUGAUGGCACCGGCUGCGAAGGUUACUGGAUUCUACCGUGAGGGAAAUGACUGGUUUUGCAAUGCAAGUUUGGUCAGUGAUUUUACCUUGGUUGUGGACGGAGUAAACUUCCACCUUCACAAGUUUCCACUUAUGUCGAGAUGUGGAAGGAUUGACAAAAUACUAGGAGCAGCUCAAGGUCCACAUGAAGGGACUUUCCUGACAACUUUAGAAGACUUCCCUGGUGGGAGUGACAUAUUUUUAGUCACAGUUAAGUUCUGCUAUGGUAUUCGAAUAGAAUAUACCCCAAGGAACAUUGUAAUGAUUUAUUGUGCAGCAGAUUACUUGGAGAUGACGGAGGACUAUGGUGAAGAUAAUUUACUGUUUAAGGCAGAUGCUUACUUUCAUAAGAAUAUUCUGAAGAAUUGGAAAGAUUGCAUAUUAACUCUCCAAAGUUGUGAUUCUGUCAUACCAAGAGCAGACAAGCUAGAGAUCAUUAGUAAAUGCUCGCAUGCUCUCUCUGUGAUGGUCUGCACAGAUCCUAGUUUAUUUGGAUGGCCUAUGUUGUUGUAUGGCUGUUUACAGAGCCCUGGAGGUAGUAUAUUGUGGAAUGGAAUUAACACCGGUGCUAGAAUCCAAACCAUUGAAUCUGACUGGUGGUUCGAAGACAUCUCAUAUCUUUCUGUGCCAUUAUUUCAGAGAUUAAUUCGAACAAUGGAAGCCAGAGGUAUUAGACAUGAAAAUUUAGCAGGUGCUAUGAUGUACUACUGUAGGAAGUACCUUCCAGGACUUGGCCGGUGGCAGAGUGGGCAAAUUGGUAAAACUAGAACAGUUGCUAGUUUCAGUAUGACACCAGCUGCUGUCGAUCAGAAAGUUCUUCUUGAAAGUGUUGCGAAACAGCUUCCUGAAUUGAAGGGCAAAUCUUUUUGCCGUUUCUUGUUGGGACUUCUGCGAGUUGCCUUGAUACUUGGUGUGCACCACACAUGCCUGGACUCGUUGGAGAGGAGAGCAGGAAUGCAGUUGGACCUAGCAUCCCUAGAUGGUUUGCUGAUACCUUCCUACUCAGAUUCUGAUACAUUAUAUAACACCGACUGUGUUGAACGAAUGAUUCAUCAUUUUAUAUCUUCUGAAUCUGGGAUCACUGCAAUACCUGAUCCAUCUUCAUUUGAGAUAGGAACAUCACCAUCAUCCCAUCCUUUAAGGAGAGUGGCGAAGUUGGUUGACAGCUAUAUUGCAGAAGUUGCAUCUGAUGUGAACCUAAAGCCGGGAAAAGUACGUUCACUUGCUGAAGCUCUCCCAGAAUCUUCAAGAUCUCUGCAUGAUGGGCUAUAUAGAGCUCUAGAUAUAUACUUCAAGGCGCAUCCUUGGCUUUCAGCAAAAGAGAAGGAGCAGCUUUGCAACAUCAUCGACUUUCAGAAGCUCUCUAUUGAUGCUUGCGCCCAUGCAUCCCAGAAUGACAGAUUGCCUCUUCGAGUUGUUCUCCAAGUUCUUUUCUUCGAGCAAUUGCAGCUGAGAACAGCUUUAGCUGGUUGCUUCCAAGUCUUGGAUACAGAAAGUGGCCCUGCAGCUCCUGUCACUGGCCCUAGUGACAUGGCAGGUCAAAUUGUACAAAGAGACGGAUGGGUGACAGUCGUGCGUGAGAACCAGGGUCUAAAGGUGGACUUGGAAAGAAUGAAAUCUAGGGUUGGUGAACUUGAAGAAGAAUUCAGCAAAAUCAAACAAGAGAUGAGAAAGGUCACAAAGUCACAUAGUUACCUCAGUUCUCCGCGCUUUCUUGCCCGAAGGAUUGGAUGCAAGCUCCUUCCCCAAUCCUCAGAUACUCAACCAGAUGUGGUUGAAAGCACAGGUCCAACCCCAAGAUCAUCAGUUGAGCAACCGAGAAGCUCAAGACACCAUAAAAGCUCCUCUUUGAUUUCAUGACGAGAAGACUCAGGUUUGAUGUCUAUUCCCCCUGGAGAAUGCCAUUUAUAAAUAUUUACCCUCCACACCAGAAUUCUCGCACUACAUGUUUGGAAUAGAUUCAUCCCUUGAUAAUUCAGGGCACCUAUAUAUCCCUUUGAGAAACCAUUUCGAAUUCAUUUCAUAAGAUACAACUGUCCUGCUUGGCUGGCUGAGUAUAUUUAGUAUGUUGGUUGGACAACAACAACAAAACGAAAAUACUUAUCCAUCGGAACAAUGGACUCCUGAUGGAAGAAGAUGAGAAGAAACUAAAUUUAUGGUUCAAUCUCAUGUAUCUUGACACAAACAUAGAAUUCAGCUGAUACUAGUAAAAUCUGUUCCUUUCCUAGGAGCAAUAUAAUGGGACUCUGUUGUCCACAUUUCUCUCUUAUACAUGUACAGCUUCAUGAAGAGUUUGUAAAGCUAUAUGAUGAAGGUAUUCAUGUUUUUGUUUCAUAAGUAUACUAGCUGUAAAAUGGAGGUCUAGUGGGACUAAUUAUAUCUUUAGAAGAAUUAUGCAUAAAGCUCUACAUUCAUCAUUUUCAA